AUACUACAUUCUCACCUUACAUUGAAAGUCACACUAAAAUUGACACUCAUACUCCACUCACUCACUCACUCACUCACUCAAACCGCGUGUGAAGUGAAGAAGAGAAGAUAACAGAAUCCGAAACAAACUUUACACUUCGCUCCCAACUUCCAAUUCCACUUCCUUCCUUAAAUCACUUUCUACAAUUACAUUUUUUUUAACGGAGCUUUUUUUCUUUCUUUCUGAGAAUUGGUUAUCAGUCUUUGAUUUCGCCAAGAAAACGCUGACUUUUGGUAACAUGGAUUUAGAAGGAAGUGUAAAAGAUUCAGUGCUUACUACUACUCAAGUCAGCAUCGGUGGAUUUGACUCUGAUGUCAAAGCUUCUGAUUUGGUGUCAUACUUGGAAUCCAAGAUCGGAUAUGUUGAUAGAUGUCGGCUGAAGACUUCUUGUACUCCUCCGGAGUCAUAUCCAGAAUUUACUAUGACUGAUACAAAACAGAUAGAAAUUACGGAUGACUAUAAGAAGGUGGCACCUCAUGCCUUUGUGCAUUUUACUUUGCCGGAUUCUGCAACUGAGGCCCUCAAUGCUGCAGGUCGCUGUGACCUAAUUUUGAAUGGUAAGGUGUUAAAGGUCAUCAGUGGGCCACAAAAUCCAAACUUCCUGAACCAAAGGAGGCGAACUGAAGCUCCUUUUAAGAUGUCGGAUGUAAUCGUUGAAAUUGGGACUUUGGUUAGCCCGGCGGAUUUUACUGUUGCUUGGAGAGGGUGCGAUAAAGGGGUAAACUUUCUAGUGGACCCUUUUGACAAAAUAUGCAAGAUUUGUUUCAAUAGGGAUACUGCAUUCUCAUUCAAAGGAAUAGGUAAACAAGCAGUGAUAAAAUGUGAUUUUAAGGUGGGAUUCUUGAUUAGAGACAUAGAGGAGAUCCAAAGAUAUGAUGAUACUUCGCAUCUUGUUGUUUUAUUACGCCUAGCUUCGUCACCGUUGGUUUGGUACAGAACUGCCGAUGACGACAUUGAUGAAUCGGUCACAAUUGAUUUGUUAGACGACGAUGAUCCUUGGAUCAGGACCACAGACUUUACCCCCAGUGGAGCCAUUGGACGAUGCAAUUAUUAUAGAAUAUCAAUCCCACCACGUCAUGGUGCCAAAUUGAACAAGGCCUUGGAAUAUUUGAGACGCCAAAGAGUGCCACGGAUUCCGCUUAAACGGCCACCUAAGAUACAAAAUGAACCUGAUUUUGGGGUUCCCAUGUCAGAUGCUUUCUUCUACAUAGAUUCUCAGAAGGACAUUUCUUUUGAUAUAAUGUUCUUGAUUAAUGCAAUUGUACACAGAGGAAUAUUCAAUCAGUAUAGUUUAUCAAACAAGUUUUUUGAAUUGCUGAAAAACCAACCUAAGGAUGUCAACGUGGCUGCUCUGAAGCACAUAUGUACUUACAAGCACCCAGUGUUUGAUGCAGCUAAGAGACUAGAAGCAGUCCAAAAAUGGUUGCUCAGAAAUCCAAAAUUUUAUCAGAUCUCCAAGCAGUCCGAUGAUGUUAUGGAGGUUAGAAGGCUAGUUGUUACCCCAACAAAAGCCUAUUGUAUAUCACCAGAAGUUGAAUUGUCCAAUAGAGUCCUCAGAAGAUUUAGAGAAGUUUCAGACCGAUUCUUGAGAGUCACCUUUAUGGAUGAAGGACAGCAAACACUUAAUAAUUAUGCUCUUAACUAUUAUGUUGCUCCCAUUGUGAAGGAAAUCACAUCAAACUCCUUCCAACAGAAGACGAGAAUAUAUAAAAGGGUGAAGACAAUCCUGGAUGACGGGUUUUACUUUUGUGGCCGAAAAUAUUCAUUUUUAGCUUUUUCAUCCAAUCAACUUAGAGAUCGUUCUGCUUGGUUUUUUGCUGAGGACAAGGACAUAACUUGUGAUGAUAUAAGAAAUUGGAUGGGUAGGUUUAAUCAGAAGAAUGUUGCAAAGUGUGCGGCUAGGAUGGGGCAAUGCUUCUCAUCCACAUAUGCAUCAGUAGAAGUUCCUGCGAAUGAAGUUAACUCGAUGCUCCCUGAUGUGGAGAGGAAUAAUUAUGUUUUCUCUGAUGGCAUUGGUAUUAUCACUACGGAUCUUGCAGUUGAAGUUGCUGAAAAAUUGAAAUUGGACAAGGCACCCUCGGCUUACCAGAUCAGGUAUGCUGGUUUUAAAGGGGUUGUAGCCUGCUGGCCCGCUAAAGGGGAUGGAAUCAAGCUUUCUUUGAGACCCAGCAUGAACAAGUUUCAAUCCACUCAUACUACCUUGGAGAUCUGUGCCUGGACUAGGUUUCAACCUGGUUUUCUUAACAGGCAGAUUAUAACAUUGCUUUCAGCUCUGGAUGUGCCUGAUGAAAUAUUCUGGAAAAUGCAGGAGGGAAUGAUUUCAAGUUUAAAUCAAAUGCUGGUUGAUCGAGACGUGGCCUAUGAUGUUCUAACCAAGUCUUGUGCCGAGCAUGGAAACGCUGCAGCAAUAAUGUUAAGUUGUGGCUUCAGUCCCAAAACAGAACCUCAUCUUAGAGGCAUGCUAAACUCUAUACGUGCUGCACAACUUUGGGGCCUUAGAGAAAAGUCUAGGAUUUUUGUUUCAUCAGGCAGAUGGUUGAUGGGCGUCUUAGAUGAGUUGGGUGUGCUUGAACAAGGGCAAUGCUUUGUUCAAGUGUCUACUCCUUCUCUUGAAAAUUGUUUCUCAAAGCACGGCUCAAGAUUUUCAGAGACCAAAACCGUGCACGUGGUUAAAGGUAUAGUGGUUAUAGCCAAAAAUCCAUGUCUUCACCCUGGAGAUGUGAGAGUUUUGGAGGCAGUCGAUGUCCCGGAUUUGCAUCAUUUAUAUGACUGUGUUGUUUUCCCUCAAAAGGGCGAAAGACCCCAUACAGAUGAAGCUUCUGGAAGUGACCUUGACGGGGAUCUUUAUUUUGUCACUUGGGAUGGAAAUCUCAUUCCACCAAGUAAGAGGAGCUGGCCACCUAUGGAGUAUGCGGCUCAAGAAAGCCGGCUUCAAACACGGCAAGUCACUGUCCAGGACAUCAUAGAUUUUUUUGUCAGAAACAUGGUGAAUGAGCAGUUGGGUUCAAUUUGCAAUGCACAUGUGGUACAUGCUGAUUCCAGUGACUACGGUGCCUUGGAUGAGAACUGCGUACACUUAGCUGAGUUAGCAGCUACCGCAGUUGAUUUUCCGAAGACCGGUAAGCUUGUCACCAUGCCCUCAAAUCUGAAACCGAAACUGUACCCUGAUUUUAUGGGGAAAGAGCACCAUCAAUCAUACAAGUCCAAAAAAAUCCUGGGGAGACUUUACCGGAGGAUUAAAGAUGCGUAUGAUAAAGAUAUUGAUGCUCCUGAAUUCAACUGUGUGUCAAGUGAUAUACUUUAUGAUACAGAUCUUGAGGUUCCAGGAUCUUCUGAAUUCAUUGCUGAUGCAUGGGAGCAAAGGUGCUCUUAUGAUGGCCAGUUAAGUGGAUUACUGGGUCAAUACAAAGUGAAAACAGAAGAAGAAGUUGUCACUGGACAGAUCUGGUCCAUGCCAAAAUACAACAGUAGGAAGCAAGGGGAACUUAAGGAGAGGCUGAAGCACUCGUACAGUGCACUGAAAAAAGAAUUUAGGCAAAUUUUUGAGAAACUGAAGUCAGAUGUUGGAGAAUUAAGCGAUAAAGAAAAAAAUUUGUUGUAUGAACAAAAAGCUUCGGCCUGGUAUCAGGUGACAUAUCAUCCUAAAUGGGUGAAGAAAUCCCUUGAUUUGCAGCUUAAAUCCUCAGAUAAUCAGAGUGCAGAUAGUUUGGGGAAUAUGGUGAUGUUGAGUUUUCCAUGGAUUGCAGUUGAUUACCUUGCUUGCACAAAGACAAGGCAUCGGAGAGUUAAAGAUUUUGACUCAACCAAGCAAGUUGAUUCUCUGGCGAAGUAUCUAUCUGAAAGGUUAUAGUUGUUUUGUGCUUGAUCAUGGGCACAAGGCCGCUCUGCCACCGUCAAUAGUUUUCCUUUUGGCAUUUAGUUAAGCUACUUUGGUUGUAACGAGUUUUUUAUAUUUUGACUCACAAAACCCUCAUUUGUUUUUGAGACUGCAUCAUAUAGUAAUUAGUGCUUUUAAUUGUAAUCUGGCCCUGUUGACUGUUGUGCUUGUGAUUAUAUAGAUUGUAGAAAGUAUAAUGUUGAGAAAUUUUCAGUAUGUAAAAUAAGUUUAUUAAAGUUACCUUGUAGCCUAGUUGCAUA